AUGGCCCCAGUGAGAAAGGGCCUAGAGGCUCAGCGGGGAAUGGGCCCAGAGUGGAUGGACGUAGUGCGAAAUUGGUGCAGUGCGGACGCUCCCGCUCCAUCGCACACGCUCCAGAAACGGUAUCUAGCGUGGAUAUUAAAUAUAGGUAAUCAUGCCAAGAAAGAUGUAAAAGAAAUUAUUGAAAAAUCUUUACCAAUAACCUACAACUACGUGAACUUUUCCAACAUAGCGGCGCGUACAUUACGAAAGUCGCUGAAGGCGAACCUGAGGGAAGAGGCGAGCAAGCGCGACCAGUCCGCCAUUCGAUACUUCUACUGGGCAGGCGGGGAACAACUGCGACGUGAACCCGUGCAAAGAUUAUGACAAGGCUGAUAUUCGAAACGACCUACCUCCGCUUUUGGGAGCAGUCUUUUCGUCUUGUAAUUUGCAAUUAUCUGCAAAGAUUUCAAUAUGUUUAUUACAAAAUUAUGUAUGUUAUUCGGACUGAUCCGGAGUUGCAACUACCUACGUUUUUAUUUCCAUCAAUUUACGGCCAGGUUCAAUAAUCAACCUCCAGUAAAAGCGGAAGGGAAAAAGCCUGAACCCUCGGAGAAAGCCAAAACCUAAGUACAUAGGCCGUUAAUAUGAUAAUUAAUAAAUGAAGUUUAUAAAGUAAGGCGACUUUUCAUGUAGAGAAAAUGUGGUUUCCCGAUAGAAAAUCACCGUUCCGGGUGUGUGAAGCAACAAAUUGCAAUUAUGUUUUCGUAAUUUUACAGUCACACAAAAAUGUAAACAAAUCCUAAAACCUUACUUCAACGUCACUUAAAGUACAUAGGUACUUGUGGCCCGCCCUCGCUUCGCUUCGGUGUAGAACUGUAGUGUAGACUAUAGUUUUUGUUCUCAGGCGUGUAUUGUACACAAUGAAUUUAUUUAUUUAUUUCUUUUUCUAUGAUUCUUUUUUUAUUGAAUAACAAUAAUGUUAACUUUUUUAAAUUAGGGAUGAGUGAGAGUAUUAUAAACGUAAGAGUAAACAAAUAUAAUCAGAAUGCUCCGAAAUGCUAAGCUAUCAGGUGUUACACGUGUUAUUGUGAGUCAACCAUAAAAGAUAGACAUAUGCUCUUGCGGGAUAUUUUUUUAGACAAUUUUAUGUAAAAUAUUUCCGUCAUACAUGAUUUCUAUGUAACUUUAACCAUUAAGACUGCACACGCGACGGAAGCUUAAAAAAUGGAGUAACUUCUCCCGUUUUCCCAACAUUUCCCUUCACUACUCUGCUCCUUUUGAUUGCAGCGUGAUAAAAAGUAUACUAUAACCUGCCCAGGAGUAUGAAGAAUAAUUGUACCAAGUUUCGUUAAAAUCCGUCGAGUAGUUUUUGUUUCUAUAAGGAACAUACAUACAGACAGACAGACAAAAAUUUUACUGAUUGCAUUUUUGGCAUCAGUAUCGAUCACUAAUCACCCCCUGAUAGUUAUUUUGAAAAUAUAUUUCAUGUACAGAAUUAACCUCUCUACAGAUUUAUUAUAAGUAUAGAUUAUAAAAAACAAAAAAAAACGAAGUUGGUGAAGUCGUUUUCAAGUUAAGGCGUGGAGACUGUGUUACCAUAAAGCUAUUUCGCCUUUUCCCCAAAUGUUACACGGAAUACCCCUAAAAUACAGGUUUUUAAAGAAAAAGCCCCCCAACAAGAAAAUUAUUUAUUAAAAAUACAAUAUUUACUACAUAAUAUGUAUUUCUGCACUAAUUACGAUUUAGCAGAGCAAAGAUGAUAGAUAGUGUCGAAUCGAUUUGCAGUUUAAGCGAACGACCAUUAACGACUGACUGACUUGCUUGUCUCGACAUGGACUUCACUGAGCGAGACGGGUUGGACCGACGAUUUUUUUUAUGUGGGCUUUGGACUUAGAGGUCCGAAUCCGGAAUCCAUGAUUCAACAACAACAACACAACAACAAUCUAUCUUUGUUAUGCUCUAUACAAAAUGAGAAAGAGAGACUAUUGAUCGACUAUUGAUCGACUGUUCGCGAUUUUACAGAUCAAAAGUUUAUGAAGUGGUUUUAUUUUUAAGUAAAUAAUGUAAUUAAAACCCCCCAUUUCCCCCAAACCCAAAUUUUAUUUUAUAAUUAGUCCCUCCAAAAUAUUUUCCACCCAAAGCUUUAAAAACCCCCUUUGGGGGGAAUCCCCCCAAUCUGGCAACAGUGCGUGGAGAUCUAGGAUUCAUUUUAGCAAACAGGAAACCUUAUCCUUUCGCCAUGUCCGAUUUUUUUUUACUUUUAUACAAUGCAUAAAAGCCUUUUUUUAAAUAAAAACAAAUGUGAAUUCUUUAAGAUAUUUUUAUUUAUAUGUAGUACAAAAUUCACUUAAAUCUAUUUAAUUUUUUUCGAAUGUUUUCUCACUAAAGCUAUUAUUAGCGCCAGUUUGAUAAAAACUUUGAAGAUUGUACCUAGAGUAGACGGUAUUUACUAUAAUUAUUUUAGUAAAAAAUAAACAAUAGUAUUAAGCCUCUUAAUGUGUAUUUCGUUUGAGAUACAUUUCUUACUGCUCUAAAAUGCCCCAUAUACGGUACGAUUGAUCUUUACGAUAUGUCGUUUCAGACCGAUCGAAACGACGGAUGGAUUGUGUAUGUCAAGCUAGCUAACUAUUUACUUUAUCGGAGAUCUCAAAAAUAUCGCAACAAAAAUCUCUGCAAUCAUGAAUAACGUUACGAUGAAUCUAAAGUGUAUAGCUCUUUACCAUCAACGAUUCAAUUUAGUCUAAUUCUGACGCUAGCUGCUGCACAUAACUUGGCUAGUGCGUUAAUAUUUACACGCGAAUACUGAAUCAAAGAUACUGUCAUGGAAGGAAAGGUAGUAAGGUAAUUGUUCGGGGCACGUAUGAUAUUAUUACAGCACGUCUGUAACCUUCCGUUUUAAACAAGGUCAUAAUGAUUGUUCGUUACGACCAUAUCGUUUCGUGUAUGAAGUGGAAUUUUGCAAGGAUCGAUUGUUACGACUUCCGUCAGAUUGAUAGAAACAACGGAUCGUACUGUAUAUGGGGCCCUUUAACCUCUUGAAAGGAAAAACGUUAUAUUGAGCAAGAUCGACCCGCAAUAAGAAAUUAGCUAGUUAUAUUAUUUGUAUGAUGACGUAAUACAAGCUAGGAUACAAAACACCUGAUGAAUAGGACAUAAUAUAAUAAAAAGACUCAGUAUAACCUUCAUCUGGAUUAAAAAAAUCAUUUAAGAAAUAUACAGAAUUAAAUAUAUACAACAAUAAUAAUAAUAUCACUAGACAUAUAUAUUACAUCCAUAAAUAAUACCAUCAUCAGGAGAUUUCACAGUUUACUAUAAUAACAAUUUUCAAAUCUGUUUUUUUUAUAUUAAGUGUUAGUAUGAGAAUUAAUUAUAUAACACAUUGAAUGUCGCUAACUUGGAAUUAUAUACUAUACUUUAUUUAUUAAGAUUUAACAGUUUUCUAUAAUCACAAUUUUCAAGUCUGUUUUUUUUAUAAAUAGUAAGUAUGAGAAUUACUUAUAUAACACAUUGGACGUCGCUAACUUGGAAUUAUACAAUAUAUUAUAUUAAUUAAUGGGAUUAAUGGGCCGUAUGACAUUUUAGUCGCUGCAGAAUUCAGAUCUAGGAUGCCUUUAGAUUUUCCUAGUCGUGCGGCAAAAAACUUGCAUACAAAAAAUUGAAUUGGGUUUAGACUAUGUCCGCCAUUCAGGCUAUUUGCCAAAGUUCAAAAGCAAGUGCCUUUGUUUGUCUUAUUAAUGUUUGAAAAUGUAAACAGCUGCUUGUUUCACUGUGAGCUUAUAAAGCCGACAGAUCUGGAAUUAAUAGUUAUUCAGCUAUUACCAUUAUUUUAAUUAAUAUUUAAUAAUAUUUUACUUUAUCGAAGUUUUCAAUUUAUAUACAUUAAUGGUUUAUAAUAUUAUAUUGAUCCUUUUAUAUUAAACAGGCUCGAUGUUUACCAAAUAUGCGACAACUAAUGAUUUUUAAACUUUGAAAUAUAAAUAUAAAGUACUACAAAUAUUAGAUAAUAAUAAUAGGUACAUCAUUAUUUAUAAUUUGCAAACUUAAUUGCAUCUUAAAAUUAAACAACAUUAUCUGAUACAAUAUCAAUUUUGAGCAGAUUUAAGGAUAAAGUUUAAAAUAAAUUUAAAAAUCUUUUGCUUAUAUUUACAAUUUUCAUAGUUAAUUGAUAAGAAAUUUAAUAUUUUUUUAGAUACGUAAAUACGUGCAAAUGCACCACAGAGCUAAAACAAAGUUGUGUAGCUUUGCGCUUCCAAAUAUGUUUGCGUUUUGGAAUAAAUUAAUUUUGUUAAGUUAACCAUUGAGGCUCACAACGAAAUAGUGUUUUUAGCAACCAUUUUUUAGCACUCUCAACAAAACGGUUUCGUUCUUACUCAAACUUAGCAAAAAACGACCCAUUAAGUUUUAUAACUGAUAUAACAUAGUUAUAUAACACCAAGCGUUGUGUAGUUUUGCUCUAAUCAUGUUACAAACUUCUUUCAUAAUACAUAUUUAAGUGGAAUUUCUGUGGCUGUAUAUUUUUAAAGACACCCACAAUUCUAUUCAACCCCAAGUUACGGAGUGCCAAAUAAUUAAGAUAAUGCAGAUACGAAGAAAUAAAGCCACUUCUUUUUAUUCUCUCGUGAAUCGAAGCGAAUGUUAGCAGCUCCGUAAUCGUAUCGCUACGUCAAUGUUUCAAAGAAAACUAAACCCUAUCAGAUUUAAGAACAGACUAGCUUUUUCCAUACAAAAUUUGACGAUGACGAUAAGAUUACGGAGCUGUCAAAAUUCGUGCUUCGGCCUCAGUAUUCACAUUAUUUUUACAAAUUUCAUAAACUUCAAUAAUAUCAGCAUAUCUGACUUAACGAAUGACAGCCUUCUUAGGUACUUAUGUAAAGAAACUGUUUUUUUUUUUACUAAAGUGUGAAUAAUUUACACUUAAAUAUCUAAAUUCACAUUGAUUGUUUUGACACUUAAUAAUACGUACAUAUCAGUCCGGGAACGGCGAAAGAUGUGGUCUAGGGCGCUUCCGCUUCUGUUUUGACUA